AUGCAGGAGCCCGACGAUGAGCAGCAUGUUGACGAUGUUCUGGCCGACACCGACGAGGAUUCGGCUCUUGACCUGGGUGAAGAUCAAUUGUCAACUGCCUCGCUGACGUCCACUAUCCGACAUUUCGAGAUCGAAAAUGGCCAUACUUACCACGCGCUCAAUGCGGGAAAAUACAUCCUGCCGAAUGACGAGCAAGAAAAAGACCGACUGGAUAUCCAAAAUCAACACUUCCUAGCUACCUUUGAGGGCCGUGCCCAAUUUGCACCGGGGGCAGAUACGGCACAGCGAGUCCUCGAUGUUGGUACCGGGACUGGGAUAUGGGCAAUUCAAUUUGCUGAUGAACACCCCGCAGCGCAGGUUAUCGGCGUCGAUUUGAGCCCGAUACAGCCUACACUUAUCCCACCGAACUGUUCAUUUGAGAUCGACGACGUUGAACGAGAAUGGACAUGGUCGUUCCGCUUUGACUAUAUCUUCAGCAGAAUGAUGGUGGGCAGUUUUGCUGAUUGGCCUAGUUUUAUCGGCCGAGCUUACGAGAAUUUGAACCCCGGCGGCUGGCUGGAACUCCAGGACUGCAUUUUCCCACUGGCGACCGACGACGGGUCUUUCCACGAGGGCCAGCCCAUUUAUGAGUGGAGCUCCUUGCUGCUCGAAGCUAGUGAGAAGCUGGGACGGUCGUUGGGCGACGCCACUCGUCACCGCGAGCACAUGACGGCGGCAGGCUUCAUCAACGUGACGGUGAAGCACUUCAAGUGGCCCUCGAACCACUGGCCCAAAGACCCGAGGCACAAGGUCGUCGGGCUGUGGACGUUGGCCAAUAUCGGCGAGGGCCUGGAAGGCCUGAGCAUGGCACUGUUGUCGCGGGGUCAUGGGUGGUCGCGAGAGCAGGUCCUAGCCUACCUCACUGGUGUGCGGAGAGAUCUGCAGGACCGGAGGAUUCAUGCGUACUGGCCAAUGUGA